AUGAAUUAAUCUUCUAUUAUCAUAGAGGAUAAUAAAUAUCGAUCUGUCUAGGUAGAGGAAGAGAGAAUGCUGACGGCUAAAGCAUAUGACCUAAGAAAGACUUUGAUUUCCAAAAAUUUUUUAAAGAAUGAAUGUAAGGAGGAGUUGGAGGAUAUAAACCAAUUAUUUGAUGAAAGACAAUUAAAUAUAUUAAAUGACUUAGCCAACGAUAAUGGGCAGGACUCGGCUUAAGCUUAACUUAAAACUCAGAGACAGGAAAUAAAUUAAAGAAUAUAAACAGCCAUAGAAAAUGGCUUUAAAAGACAUUCAGUUAUGAUAAUGAAGAAACCUGUUGAGAUUAAUAAAUUCAAUAUUUAGGUUUUCAAACCCGAAGAUAAAUUCAGAAUCCUUUGGGAUUUAUUCACUAUGAUAGUUAUAUUUUUUGCUAUUUUAAUUUUACCUUUGGAUAUUAGCUUUACAAUAGAAUCUGACUUUUUCGAUAACUUUAACAUUGCAUCAAUUACAAUAUUUAGUUUAGACAUUUUGAUAAAUUUCAAUACUUCAUAUUAAUAAAAAGGAUAGUACAUUUACGACAGAAAAUUGAUAGCCAAAAAUUACUUAAUGGCUUGGUUUUGGAUUGACCUUUUGUCCACGUUUCCAUUUGAUUUGAUUAUUAAUGCAUCAACACAAGAAAUAUUACAUUCAGAUGAAAUUGACGAGUCCUCAAAACAAGAUGCGAGAGAUAAAUAGCAAUAAUAGUAAUAGAUAGCAAAUACACUGAAGCUCUUAAGAAUUUUAAAAUUCUUUCGAUUCAUAAAAGUUGUAAGAUUAUUACGGGUUUUGAAGCUCAAAAAAAUAUUUUCUAAAUUAGAAGAUUAUGUGGAUCUAUCAAACUCCAUGAUUUCCUUAUACAAAGUCAUCAAAUUGACAUUUAUAAUGCUGUUUGUUGCACAUUGGCUGGCUUGCAUUUGGCAUUUCAUAGCUGAUUAAGAGAAUAUAUCAGGAGAUAACAGUUGGUUGACAGCUUAAGGGAUAUAGGAUAAGGAAUGGUAUGCGAAAUACAUUGCAUCGGUUUAUUGGGCAACUGCUACAAUGACAACAGUUGGUUAUGGGGAUAUUACUCCAGUGACAUCUAUUGAAAAAAUAUUUGGAAUAGUGGUUAUGUUGUUAGCCUGUUGUAUAUUUGCCUAUAUAAUGAAUAGUAUAGGUGGGAUCUUCGUUUCGAUGGAUUACAAUGAGAAAAUCAUUAGAUAAAAGAUGGGUCAAGCCAAUCAAUUUUUAAAAUCGAAUGAUAUUCCUAAGGAUUUACAGGCAAGAGUAAGGAAGUAUUUAGAAUAUAAAUACGAGAAAGAGUCCACAUAGGUUAAUGAAAAGGAAGCUUUAGAAGUGUUAUCCUAGUCCUUGAGAGUUGAGGUGCUAGCUGCAGUUAAUACAGAUCUGAUAAAUAAUUCUAAAGUCUUUUAAUAGAAUAAAUUUGAAAAGGAAUUGCUGCUUCAAUUGCCAUUCGAAUUAGAGGAAUAGAUAUUUGGACCUGAAGAAUGCAUAUUCUUAGAGGGAGAAGAUCCAUUAGAAUUGGAAAAUGGUUAAAAUAUAGAUGAAAGAUGUUUAUAUUUUCUGAAUUAAGGCAAAGUAAUGUUAUGUAUAUAAAAAACAUUUACAUGCCUAAAGGUUUUGGAAAAAGGUUCAACUUUUGGAGAACUAGGAUUUUUUAGCAACAAACCAAGAAGUGCUUCAGUUUAUACCUUAGAUUUUGUGUAUGUUUAGAAAUUAAAGAAAAAGAAAUUCUAAGAACUUUUGAAGAAAUUUCAAACUCAAAAUGAAUAGUUUCAAAUGAACAAACAUAUUAUUGAACUCAAUGAGGAUUACACACCCCUUAAUCUACCUUGCUUUGGAUGUUAAUAAAUUGAUCACUUUGCUUACAGAUGCCCAAAAUUGCAUUUCAUAGUUAAAUUUGAUAGGAAAUAAGAAUUAGUAUAGGAAUUUCAAUUAGCUUAAAAGAAAGCCAACAAAAAUUACAAAAGGCAUGAUAAAAUUAAAUAUAAUUCUAGAGGUUGCUACUCUCUCACAAAUGAAGUUGCAAAUGAAAUAAAGUAAGUUUAUAUUUCAGAGGACAAACAAGAGGAAGAUAGGCUUAUGUAGUUAUAAUAGCAUAAUGAAGAGGAACCAACUUUAGCUGGUUUUGAAAUGCUUGAAUAGAGUAAACAAAUAUAAAAUUAACAAGAAGAUGAAUUUGAGAGAAUGAGCCUUAUGCAUGCCUUUUUCACAUAGUUUAAUCUAGAUUAAAUAAUUAAAGCUUAUAAUGAUAAAGUAGAUUAUAUUUUAAAUUAAUAAUAAGAAUAAAGUAGAAGCACAAAUUUUAAAUUAUUUAAAUAAAAUAAUGGUAAAUAGAGAAUAAGAUCAAUGUCAGCUGAAAGAGCAGUUUACUUUGAGAAGCUUAUUGAAAAGUAUGGAGGACCCUCUCAAUUCAUAUAAAAACUACAUUAGGAGGAAUGA